GGUUAACUUACUCAGCACAAUUUACACAGUUUAUGCAACUCAGCUGCAAUUGACUCCAAAGUAAUUAACCAAACUUUUUUAAGAGAUCGACGCUUUCUUCAAAUAAGUUUCUAAACGAGCACAGCGCACUGCAACAUUUGCGGAAGUUAGAUCAAGCGGUUUACACUGAACAGCUGAUGCUUCAGGGCCACCGGUGAAAUGUCAAAAUCAAAUCUAAUUACCUUACGAGUUCAAUCACCUGAAGGAACGAAAAGGAUUAAUGUCGAUCCUACAGAAACUGUCUGUCAGCUCUUUGAGAAGGUUUAUGAUGCUUUCCAAUUAAAUAGUUUUGGAUUCAGUUUGUACAAACAAAAAAAUCAUGAAGAUGAAAUUUACUCUAGUAAAAGUAAAUCAGUUUCCUCAUGUGGACUCGGUCAUGGAGAUAUGCUUUAUUUGGCACCAGUCAAUGGCAUGGUUAUAUGGAAUACUCCUUCAACGAGUACUGCAUCACAAGAUUCCAUGACACACAAAGAAUCAGUUGCAAUGGAUGUCACACCUAGUACGAGUAAAAGUUCAUCAACCACAUCAGUUACUGCAGUUAAUGCACGACCUCUCACAAAUGUUGAUGAAGAUGAUGUAGAUCAACAAUUGUGGAAGAUGGAUGGAAAAAUUCAACGUAAACGAGACAAAAAACUCUGCAGGCACGGAGCAAAUGGUUGCUGCGUUAACUGUUCACCUUUGGAACCAUUUGAUGAAGAAUAUUUAAAACAACAAAAUGUGAAACAUUUAUCAUUUCAUUCUUAUCUCAGGAAACUCACUGCCGGAGUAGAUCGAGGAAAAUUUCUUCAACUCGAAGAUAUUAGUUGUCGUAUAAAAAGAGGAUGUAAGGAUCAUCCUCCGUGGCCGCGUGGAAUUUGCAGUAAAUGUCAACCAAACGCUAUUACAUUAAAUCGACAGCCUUACCGUCAUGUUGACAAUGUAAUGUUUGAAAACGCCAGUCUUGUUGAACGUUUCCUUAAUUAUUGGCGAAGUACCGGUCAUCAACGUUUAGGUUAUCUGUAUGGGAGAUAUGAAGUUCAUUCAGAUGUUCCUCUAGGAAUACGAGCAGUGGUUGCUGCAAUUUAUGAACCACCACAGGAAAGUACUAGAGACUCAAUAGUACUUUUAACUGAUGAAAGGGAAGCUCUUGUUGAAGAAUUGGCUCAAAAACUUGAUUUGAGAAGAGUUGGUUGGAUAUUCACAGAUUUAAUAGCUGAAGACGUUAAAAAAGGAACUGUUAAGCAUGUUCGAAAUAUUCAGAGUCAUUUUCUUUCUGCUGAUGAGUGCAUGAUGGCUGGUCAUCUUCAAAAUCAGCAUCCUAAUCCUUGUCGUUUUUCACCAAGUGGAUUUUUUGGAUCUCGAUUCGUAACUGUUUGUGUCACAGGAGACGAAAAGAACCAAGUUCAUAUGGAAGGUUAUCAAGUAUCGAAUCAGUGCAUGGCUCUAGUUCGUGAUGGUUGUUUGGUACCGACAAAAGACGCUCCAGAACUUGGAUAUGUUCGUGAAUCAUCAGAUAAACAAUACGUCCCAGAUGUCUAUUAUAAGGAGAAAGAUUCAUAUGGCAAUGAAGUAUUGAGAUUAGCCAGACCACUUCCAGUUGAGUACUUAUUGGUUGAUGUGCCAGCAUCUACACCUUUGACACCUCAAUUUACGUUCUUUGCUAGUGAUCAUGUCAAUCCUUUCCCAGUAGAAAAUAGGCUGGUUGAUGGACAAGUACAAGAUUUUGAUUCUUUAUGUACGUAUAUGCAGCAAUUUGGAUCGGAUCAAUUUCUCGAAGCUAUAUCAGACUUCCAUUUAUUGUUAUUCAUUGCUACAAUGGACAUGCUCCCAAUGAAAGAUCAUAUGGCACCGCUUUUGGAAGCAAUUAGAUUAAAUGACAGUGAGAAAGCACGCAAUUGGGCUAGAAGUGAACACUGGGCAACAGUAGAACAAUUAAUAUCAGCUACAGCAGCGUCUUCCUCUCUUUCAUCACCAACUGUUACUUUCGGCAAUGACACUAUGAGGGCUACUUCAUCUGCAUUUGGUGCUGAUGGAACAAAUGUUGGUACUGGAUCUGGUCCUGCAUCUAAUCAACCACUUUGGACAUGUCCUUAUUGUACAUUUUUAAAUCAAGCUGAAUUAGGAUCUUGUGAAAUGUGCAGUUUACCAAGGAUGUAGAAAAUAUUGAAGAACUGGACAAGUUUUUACAUUUAACUUAUUUUCUUCUCGAUCUUGAUUUUGUCAGGCAAAAAUAAAAACACCAAAUAAUAUCGAUUUUAUUUUUUGUGUGCAUGAUAUUGAUCAUUAAAAGUAUAAAUGAAUAAUGUUUUUGUUAAAAUUAUCUAUUUAAUUUUUUGGAUUAUCCUUGUAGGAUGCUUCUCUGAGUAGGAUGCGACACCUUAAAAACGUGAUGAAUUAAGCAAUGAAGAAGAAUAAUUAAGUGAAGAUAAACAAAAACAUUUGAGAAAAAGAAACUCAUGAUAUACAUCCGUAUGACGACUGAUGACAACCGAUUCACGUAAAAACUGUACCAUAAUUUAACGACUUUUAUUUAUAAAACUUUAAACAAGUGAUAACUGUGAUACAGGAGUGAAAAAUGAAAAGUUAUGCAUGAUAAAUUAAUGAUUGAAUAAACUGUUGAUUGUAGUAAGAUAAUGACAUUAAUUGUAAUUAUCAUUGCAAUUGAACUGGAAAACUUUUCAGAAUUUAUUGGUUGUAUUUAAUUGGUCCAGGUCGUCUUGGUCGGGUGAUUUUAUUCAAGAAUAUGAUUAAUUUAGUGGAAAUAAAUAAUAAAACGGUAUAAUAUUAAAAAAAA